AUUUUAUUUCUCUCAGGUCACAAUACAUGACAACAUGAGGUAUACAUAAUAUUACUUAAACAUGUGAGGCAACAAAAAGGCAUAGAAACAAAUAAUCGUUAUCAUAUACAAUAGUAGAUAAUAGAAAACAUGAUUAAUAAUAUAUAGUUAAUAUAUGACUAUCGGGAGAGAACAACGUUUUUUUUUUCUUAGCCUAACUUAUAAGUAGCCUAUAAAAUAAAUAGAUAUGGCAUUAAUAUUCUCAGUGUGACAUCUACAUAAAUUUAGCAAUAAUUUCCUUUACAAAGUUGCAUAGCUUAUUGUAUUCAGACACAUUUAUACUUGCAAUAUUCAUUAAUCUAUUGAUCUUGUUUGCACAGUAAAUCAUGGUGUCACCGACUGUUGUGUAUUAUACAUGUUUGACACACAUGUUGCUGGAGGAGAGUUGUUUUUCACAGGUGAAUUUUUAAUUGUUUGUUUUGAUAAGGGAUUAGACAAGCAGGGCAUUUUCCACCUGUCUCACGCGUGGCCGAAUAUCUGCCCAUUCUCAAUGCCAAUUAAAGCUCCAUUUUUUACCAGUUUGAAGCAAAAAACUCCCAGUCAUAAGAAAUAAUUUCCAACUGAAAUGAAUUUGAUUAUUCAAAGAAGAAUUUUGCUCGGUAAUAAAAUCACAUCUAAAAUAAUUGUUGGAAAAACCAACCCAUUACUAUUUUUAGAACAGGAGUGUUAUUUCCCCUUAUGGAGUCACGCCAUUUUCUUCCAAUGUUUACCAAAUUAAUUUGCUACUAAAUCGGACAUAUUUAAUUGAAAAUUGGAUGAAAACACACACUCAUUUAUUUGAUAACAUCAACCUACAUUAUUAUGGGCUGUAUUUAUGGGAACAUAUUUUGGAAGGACCUCUGGAGGAAAGAAUGGGUGGGGUAUGGAGUUACGGUGCCAAAACUGUCAAUAAUAUUAAACUUACAUUCCGAACUGGUCCUGGUGUAAUUCCAGAACAUGUGCCAAAAGAUACAGAGAACCUGUUGCUCAUACUGAAUGGCCGGGAACCAGAUAAAGUUCAGUUUGCUGAAACCUGGCUCAAAUCCCUGCAUAAUCUGUCUCAGCUGCGUAAUGUUGGCCUGGUGUUGCUAGGCAACGAACAGUGCAAUAAUUCCUGGCUUCACAAUUACAUGCACUAUAAUGGCGGACUGGUGAAAUUUGUGUUCUUGGUGUACGACAGUCCUGAAAUAGACAACGUAAAUUUCUACCAAUGGCCAUUAGGGGUUGCCACGUACAGAGACUUUCCAACUGUAGACAGCUCCAAGCUACCUGUACAUAUCCGUAGACAAUAUUCCUGCAACUUUUUUGGGACCAUUUACAAAAAUUCAUCACGAGAAACUUUAAUGAAAAUUUUAGAGGGAGAUUUCUUCAGAGAAAAAUGUUUGAUCAAGGCUAGAAGACAGUGGUUGCCCCUGGAGACAGACGAGACAAGGGAGCAGUUCAUACAAGCAUUAUCUCAGAGCGAUCUCACACUAAACCCGGUUGGUGUAAACACGGAGUGCUACAGAAUAUACGAGGCUAUUACCUAUGGUUCCAUUCCAGUUGUGGAGGACAUCAUGACCCCUGGCAAUUGUGGGAAAUCUAAAAACUCAAAUACAUUUCCUUUGCGUCUGCUCAAAGAAAUGGAUGCACCAAUUAUUUAUAUCAAAGACUGGUCAGAAUUGACUAAAAUUUUAGAAAAUGAGAAAAAGUUGAGACAUAGUGAAGUAGUGAAAAGGAGGAGAAAUAUAUUGCUAUGGUAUGAAAGUUUUAAAUCUAAAAUGCGACAAAAACUGAUUGGAGCUAUUAACAGACAUUUCUUUGGCCUAAACAGAUAAUGUUAAUAGAAGUUAGAUUUAUUUAGUUUUAUUUUUGUAAUAAAAUCUCAGUUAAAUGUGAUUCAAGUUUGUACAAGAGUUUGUAUAUUGAAAAUCUCUCAUCUAUACUCAAAACCGAGUCAGUCUGUAUGUGAUUAUUUUAUAGUUUACUUUAUUUAUUAAUAUUUUUAUUUUAAUUCAUAAAUUCUAUAAAAUAAAACUAAAAAACACUGGGUUUCAAGUUCGGUAAGUAAGGUUGUAAGUAAUUUAAAUAAAACUCAUUCAUGUGACUUGUAAUUUGAUUUGAUUUAGAGAUAGAUAAUUUGAUUGUAAGUUAUAGCUAUUUUUAUUUUACUUAUCUCAUCAAGGUGCUGUUAUCAUUACAAUGAUUGUCAUGCUUGCUUGUAAAUUCAGUAUUUCUCUAACGUAUCUAGGCAUAUGUACACUUAACACAUUUGUUUCCUUGGAAAAGCAACAAUACAGAGGGUUUAUUAUAAGAAUUAAAUAUCCUUCAAGUGGUGAACACUAGAUGCAGUAUUUUCAUGAAUGGCACAAUUGCCUAUUAUAGACGAAGUGAAUUCGGCUCAUGAAUGGCACAAUUGCCUAUUAUAGACGAAGUGAAUUCGGCUAACGUCUCCUAUACUUUAAACAGCAUUAAAGUGUUUUCAUAUUAGUGUAAUGCCAAGAUUAUGUAAAGGCUAUCUUUCACUUCCAUGUGAUAAAUAUGUUCUAUGUGCUUGAUGGUAUAUGUGAUGAAUACGUAUUUUUCAUAACAUAGGUAUCUUUUUGGCUCACCUUAGCCAAAAGCUCAUGGUGAGCUUUUGUGACCACUCAGUGUCCAUCGUCAGUCAUGCGUCCGUCAACAUUUUCUAAAAAAAUCUUCUUGAAAACCACUGGGCAGAAUUACACCAAACUUAAAUGGUCCUUGGGUGGUCCCCUUUCAAAAUCGUUCAUAGAAUUUAAUUCCAUGCAGAAUUCUGGUUGCCAUGGCAACCAAAAGGAAAAACUUUAAAAAUCUUCUUGUUCAAAACCGAAAGGCAUAGAGCCUUGAUAUUUGUCAUAUGAACCAUCUUAUGGUCCUCUAUCAAGAUUAUUCAAAUUGUGCCUCUUGGGUGAAAAGAGGCCCCACCCCGGGGGUCAGAAGUUUUACAUAGACUUAUAUAGUAGACGUGCAGGCUGAUCUUGGUCUGCACUGGUCGCAAAGGCAGAAUAAUAUUAACAUGCCGCCAGCAGGCUAAAGGUUAAAUAGUAUUGAAAGUCUUAUGAAUGUUUCUAAUAUUGCCUACCAUUAUAAUUCAGUAAACCAAUGUAAAACAAGAAAUAAGAAGUUACAAACCUUUCAGCUCCUCAUCAAUAAUACAAAUAAAAGGUCAUUACCCUGAAUCAAGUGUUAGAGAAUAGCAUUCUGUGAUAGCUAUACAGAACUGCCAUUCCUUAUACAGUUAUAUGCCAAUGUUUAAUAUAAGAGAAAAUUAAGACAGGAAAAUGUAUUAUCUUUCUGAAUAUGUAAUUUUUAUGAAUGCUGGUGAAAUAAAAAAAAUUGCAGUAGUGUUUACAAAAAUUAGAAGAUUAAAGAUGAUCAAGAAAACACAUUGCUAUUAGUUUCGAAUUGCGCAUUUUUAUUAGAAACGUACGACAAAUUAUGAAAAUUUCUUCAUCAUAAUAAUACUACAUUUAAAGAUACUGGGUAACUGUAAUUAACGUGAUUAUGUCUCCCACCACACAGUGGUGUGGGAGACAUAUUGAUUUACUCCUGUCUGUGUGUGUCUGUCUGUCUGUCACAAAGCUUGUCUGCACUCUUAACAUUUCUCAUCCGAUCUUCACCAAACUUGAACAAAAUAUGUUUGCCAAUAAGUCCUCGGCCAAGUUCGAUAACUAGCCAGAUUUGCCCAGGCACUUGGGAAUUAUGGCCUUCGAAACUUGCGUUUGAUAAUCAAAGCACUGAAAGUCUGAUAAGGCAGUUUAGGUCUUGGUGCUUGGUUGACUCAUAUACUACUAUUCAGAUGAUUAGGCAGUUGUGGGAGACGUGCGCUUUUCUCAAAAGCAGCUCUAGCUGAUUACAUGUUUUUCAGUGAAUUACCAAAAUACUAGAGUGAAAUAUAUUUGAUAUUUUCAGUGAAGAAUAUCAAAUAUAUUUUUUCACUGGUAAGAAAUUAUAAAAUGGGUAAAUUUUGUUAAGACAUGAAAUAAAAAGAAAAUUUGUUCGUUUUAAAUGUAAGAUCAAAAUAUCUUCCAUGCAUGAACACCAUAUCUUACAUUUUCACUUAUGGCUUUGCCACUCAUGAAAAUAUUACAUCUGGUGAUCAAUCGUGAAAGAUAUUACAAUCUUACAGUGAAACAAACAAAUAUCCUUUAUAUGGUCUUCCUCCAAAUAUACAGAUAUAUGUGUAUAUGUAAAAAAAAUGAAUUCAUUGAAAACAUUGAAAGUUGUUUUUAGGAGAAAUGUUUCAAAUUGCAUUUUAUUUAAUUGAGACUUUCUGACUCGAGAGGCAAUUUUUUAUACAUUUUUUGUCAGUGAAAUAGUACAAGACUGAUCGAAUUCACUUUUAAUUCAACAGUAAAAUACAUAGUUUUAAAUUAAUGAAUGUCUGUUCUUGAGAGAUUUUUGUAUAAGAUGUAUAUUCAUCUGACAGGAAUAUGCUGAGAGCCAAGUGCCAAACAGUUGUAACUAAGUAUACAGAAUAGUUACCUAUUGCUUGAUAAGGUGUCCGCAGCUCAGCUAGGACUUUGUGGGGUUUGAACCACACUAUUUCACAACUACAUACCUCAUAGGACACCAGCACUGGAUAUGUAGGACCAACACAUGAAAAUGUCAUAAUUAAUGUUAUUAUUUGGUGAUUAUUAUUUAUAUGAGCCACACCAUGAGAAAACAAACAUAGUGCAUUUGCGACCAACGCAGAUGCGCAGGCUAGUCUGGAUCCAUGCUGGUCGCAAACGCACUAUGUUGGUUUUCUCAUGGCGUGGCUCAUAUUAUAUUUCUGUUUUGUUAAUUUUUGUUCUAUAAGUAUCUUUUACAGACUUAGAUUUUUAUACUUUGUGUUCAAGGUUGUGACUUUUAUGGAAUAUGAAUUAUAAUAUGCAUGUUUUACGGGUUGAGAUGAAUUUAAAACUUCUUGAUAAAUUUACAUCAGAUUCCAAAAAUAUCAAAAUUUAGAAUAGACUUGCCCUCUCUUGAAGAAUUUGUGUAAAUUACUGUUUUGUGACUCAUUAGCCAUUAAACACAUAUUGUAUGGCAUUGAGGUCCAUACACAUGUUUAUAGGCUUGAAAAUGAAGCCAAAAAUCUUUAAUGAUUCGUAAUUAUGUCCUUUUCUGUCUCGCUGUCCAGUAAAUUGCAUAUUGACCUAGAUGUCAUGUGAUACUUGUUAUAUUAUACAAAAUAGAUAUUGUGUUUUAUCAUACUGUUUAAGGUAUGGAGAAGUUUUUAUUUCUCCACCUUGGAUUGUAGAACUGGUUCUAUCUUUUUAUGAAGGCUUCAACAAUCAUAAAAUAAAAUCAUAAUAGUCAUACUUAUGACAAUCUUCAUAAUGAUGCUGAAAAUAGCAUCUGUGUCACUUUUUGGAUUUGGAAUUUACCAACUUCAGGAUACUUUGGCAUAAUAGUUUAAUGCCAUUGCUUGGUAUUUUCCACGAGUGCAGGAAAUUGUUUUACUUUAUUAUUUUGUCUUCAUGUCAUUUGCUGUAAACUGUUAGAUAAUCAGAUAUAUUCAUUCAUUCUUAAUUGAAUGGUCUUCCACUCUGUUAUUGGUAGUGACUGGUUUGAUUUCACUUAAUGUUAGUUGUUGUAACAUGUUAGUAUUAAAAGACUAGUUGUACUGUUUUCACAGUUAUUGAUCUGGCUCUAUAUUCACAAAACAUUUUUAGUCUCAGCUGAGUUUUAGACUGAAAAUGUGUUAGCUAAUUUUACUAGAACAUGUAUAUUUAGUUUGAUUCAUAUGUAUAUAUUUAGUUACACUUAGCUUGGAGGAAGAGUAGGUAUAUUGUUUGGCUGAUGUCAGUCUGUCUAUCUGUCUGUUUGUAGAUUACCUGUAUUGUUUUGGGGUCAUGAGGUCACAGGAACCUUGUGGUUUCUGAUCAAUAAUAGAAGAUUGCUUUGGCCUAUGACUAUUAAAUUGUACUGCACGUUUGUCUAUGGUCAUUGUAAUUGGGUCAUCAAGUCUAAGGUCAAUGUUACAGCAUACCUGAGACUGAAAAUAAUACACAUAAGUACCCCCUGACCACCAUAGGUGAUAGUGGGUGGGGAGAGGAGCUUAUGUUCUUUACAGUUAAGUUCUUUACUUGGUUUUAAAGUCAGUAAUAGUGCUGGUUAUAGAAAAUAGUAUCAGAUUGUAUAUGUAGUUAUGAAUCCACUGUAUAGGGGUUUAGGAAAUGCACCAAAUAGGUAGGAUACAUGGCCUGUAGGGAAAUGCACCUUUGAUAGACCUCACAGCAGGUUACCCCUCCUAUGAUUUAAAUUAAACACAUGCAUUACAUGGUAGAUAUACAACAAUGUAAAAUUUUUAUUAAAAAAACCAUAGAUUGGCUAUAUCUAAGUGUAUCAUUAUUCUUAAGUGUGGAAUGAAACAGCAGGAAUGAAACUGAAUCAUACAAACAUAGUGAAUGUAAAAUACCUUCCAGUCUUAAAUAAUGGUAGAAUUUAGAAACUGUGCAUCUCUUUUUAAGUAAAAUCUUACCUGCAUAAUACUAUGGUCAGUUUUAAUUUUAUACAGAUAGUUACAAAAUGAUGGAGGAGGUGACAGGGUCAUCAUCUGCCAUUAAAAUCUGGAAGGGUGAUAAAGAAUUGUCCAAAUGUAGCAUCUGAAACAGAAUAAUGCUUCAUUUAUGGUUUAGAAUUAGAAAUUUCCUGUUUUUAUGUUCAUAAUUUGAGCCAUGCCAUGAGAAAACCGACAUAGUGGGUUUGCGACCAGCAUGGAUCCAGACCAGCCUGCGCAUCCGCACAGUCUGGUCAGGAUCCAUGCUGUUCGCUUUUAAAGCCUAUUGGAAUUGGAGUAACUGUUAGUGAACAGCAUGGAUCCUGACCAGACUGAGCUGAUGCGCAGGCUGGUCUGGAUCCAUGCUGGUCGCAAACCCACUAUGUUGGUUUUCUCAUGGCACGGCUCAUUUUCAUUUCUUUGCUACUUUUACAAUAAUGUUGUUGUAUUACAGUUUGUGUUGUUCAAGUUUUGUUUAUGUAUUAUAUAGUUAUUUAUAGUUUAGUUUUUAGUACAAGACAGUCUUUCACAUCGUAUGUAGUUCAUUUCACAUUAUGAUUGUAUUGUUGUUGAUUUUUAAUGAAAUUGAUUAUGGAAUAAUCUUUCUAGCAGAAAUAGGUUUCAUAUUUUUCAUGGGUAAAUUGCCAUAUCAGUAUACAAGAUGAAAAUAAAAGUUGAACAUA